AUGCUGCCAUCAUUAAGGAAGGGAUGCUUCAUUGUGAAUUCCAUAAGAUUGAAACUGCCCCGAUUCUACUCAUUAAAUGCCCAGCCACUGGGGACAGACAACACGAUUGAGAAUAACACUCCUACGGAAACAAAUAGAUUGAGCAAAACUUCACAGAAGUUUUGGGAAAAGGUGUCACUAAAUAGGGAUGUUGAGAAAGGAAAGAUUGCUCUACAAUUAGAUGGCAGGACUAUAAAAACUCCUCUAGGAAAUGGAAUUAUAGUUGAUAAUGCAAAGUCUCUCUUAGCAUACCUAUUAAAACUGGAGUGGUCGUCCCUAUCCAGUCUUUCCAUCAAAACUCACUCUUUGCCACUAACUUCAUUAGUGGCAAGAUGCAUAGAUUUACAAAUGACAAAUGAGCCUGGCUGUGACCCUCAAUUAGUUGCAAAGAUUGGAGGCAACAGUGAUGUUAUAAAAAAUCAGUUGUUAAGAUAUUUAGAUACCGAUACUUUAUUGGUCUUUUCCCCUAUGAAUGAGUUUGAAGGAAGAUUACGCAAUGCGCAAAAUGAGUUAUAUAUACCCAUCAUCAAAGGAAUGGAAGAGUUUUUACGCAACUUUUCAUCCGAGUCUAAUAUUCGACUACAAAUUUUAGAUGCCGACAUCCAUGGGUUACGAGGCAAUCAGCAGUCGGAUAUCGUUAAGAAUGCAGCAAAAAAAUAUAUGAGCAGCUUAUCACCAUGGGAUCUUGCAAUUCUUGAAAAAACUGUAUUAACCACAAAGUCCUUCAUUUGCGGCGUGCUAUUAUUAGAAAAUAAAAAAGAUACUGCGAACUUAAUUCCCGCCUUGAAAACUGAUAUGGAUAAUAUUGUACGUGCCGCCACCUUAGAAACAAUCUUCCAAGUUGAAAAGUGGGGAGAGGUUGAAGAUACUCAUGACGUUGACAAAAGAGACAUCAGAAGAAAAAUUCAUACUGCUGCGAUUGCUGCUUUUAAGCAAUAA